UUUCUCUGUCAAAACAAAAAUGGGUGUUUUGAAAGUUGAGAAGUAUAUUUUUAAUUUAAACAAAAGGAAAUUAUAUUAGUAGUAAUUACCAUGUUUUAUUAAUAGUUCCACUAUAUGUAGUUCCUAAUUUAUAAUCGAUAUAAAAAUGAACGAAUCAUCACAAUAUAGUCUAAAAUAUCAGCAAUUACUGAGAGAUUUAAAAAGCACAGUUGAAGGAUUGUUAAUGACCCAAGUGGCAAAUGUUUGGUCAGUUUUUGGUGGACUAAACAGGUUUCAUAAUAUAGUGGAUAAAAUAUUCAAACACGGAUAUAAAGGUUCAGAAGAUAUCGGUUACUAUAAAUUCAUCCAAGGACUAGAGUGGUUACAACCAGAAACCUCCAAAUCAUAUUUGUCUGUAGACUGUGAGUACCGACCCCAUAUUCCUCCACACCUAAAAAAUGACAAGUCAGCUAUUUGGUUAUAUAGAAGUUUAGAAAACCACUCUUUGUCACAAAAACUAUCAUGGCUGCUAUCUGAUAAAACACAUUUAUCAAAUUGUUACCAAUCUUAUGCAUUUCUUACCCAAGAAAAAUAUGCAGAAGCUACUCUAAUAUGUUUAAGAGCUGUGGAGAGAAACCAAGCUAGUCUGAUGUCAGAGAUUAAUCCUUAUCUAUUUCUACAAAAACCUAAAGAAUUCCUAAAAGUUCAUAGACGAUGUUCAUCAUUUCCUGAUAAUCACAUGCAGAAGAUAUAUGCUGAAAAAAUAAAUAUCCGCAGAAGAACAGUUCAAAGUGUAAGUAAUGAAUUAAUGGAAGCAACAAAUAAAAUCAACAUUCGAAGUAAAAUACGAACUUGGCACAGCAUGCCUAAUUUGCUGGCAGAUCAGCGGAGACUUACUAAGAAGAGGCCAUGUUCAGAUAGUAAAACUAUGCCCAAUACUCCCGUCCAUUCAAAAAAGAUAUCCCCAUCCCUGUUGAAGGUGGAUUACAAAACCUUACAACCUCAUUCCCGAAAGUCCAACUCCAAGAAAAUAAAACAAAAUACUUUACCGAAAACUUCUGAAUUAAAACACGUUUUGAUAGAUAAUUUAAACAUAGUUGAAUACACACCCUCACUAAGCAGCUCACAAAGUAGUGGAACCACGUUAAUAAACGAUGAAUUAAUUAGUUCUACCGCAUCAACAUCUGAUAUGAAAACAAAAUCACCCCUUAGUUUAUCGCAAUCUCCGUUGUCAAUGGUAGACUCAUUUUUGCCUAUGUCUGGUGAAAAAGAUUACAAAAAGUUACCAAGAAAAACAUUCAUCGAAGAUGGUGGAAUGAGCGUCCUUCCUAUGGCGACAGGCUACUUUCCCAAACCAGUCAAAGGCCAAAGCUUAAUGUCUUUUUUAACUUCUAGUCAAUUUGCUAGAGCCAAUGCAGAGUUGGAUCGAGAGAAUGCACAUUUUAGUGUCUCAGAAGCUAUUAUUUCUGCUAUGGAACAAAUUAGAUGUAAGAAAAGUUUUAGAUUAGCGGAAGAACAGAUGGAUGAGAGUGAUCCGGAGAUAAUGGAUUUGAAACAGAAGAUUAGGCUAAGGAGAACUAAACGAGUUUUGGAGAAGCAGAAAAAAUCAUUGUCUUGUAGUUUGAUGAGCGAUGGCAAAACUGAUACAACCACCACGGUAAGCCCUUGUUCUUCAACGGCCUCUGGAACAGAUGAUUCUAGCUCCGAUUAUGUAGAAGAACUCGAAAUAAAUGAAACUUCGAAUUUGGAGGAAAACUCAGGUCUCUCUAUGUCUAUGGCAUCUCUCUACUCUGAAGCAGAUCUUAUGAGGAGAAAUAUUCGUGGUGCUCCUGAUGGUUCUUCAGACAUACUCUCUGCAGAAGGAGUUGCUCUCUCGCUUAUUAGUAAAUUUAGUGAUAAACAGUUACCGAGAGCUUCUGAUUUGGAAUGGCUUGUUUCCGAAAAAGAUGCUCCUCAGGCAUUAUUACCAUUACCGAAGAGUUGGCCCGUCAGUCCCGACAGUGCUGAUGAGCACAUAACUCCUUUAAGAGGUACUGAAGAAUGGGCUCCACCUAGAGCACAGAUAAUUUUUACUUUACAUCCAACUCCAAUAAGGAAAGAUAUCAUUGCGAAACAGAAUUACAGAUGUGCUGGUUGUAGCAUGCGAGUAGCACCGAAUUACGCAUCCCGAUUUCGAUAUUGUGAAUAUUUAGGUAGAUUUUUUUGUACGGGAUGUCACAAAAACCAGGUAGCUCUUAUUCCGGCAAAAGUCAUUCAGAAAUGGGAUUUUAAAAGUUAUCCUGUAUCGACGUUUUCGUAUCGACUGUUGGAACAAAUGUAUACAGAUCCUCUGUUUAGGAUAUUCUCAGUGAAUAAGAAUAUAGGGAAAAUGUCUAAAAGUCUCGAAUUUUAUAAAAAAUUAAGAUUAGGUCUGCACUAUUUAAAAGACUUCAUAUUAACCUGUAGAUAUGCAGAACAAAUUCGGGCAACGUUAGAAGAAAGUAUGGGAUCAUCUCUGUCAGAACCAGACAUGUAUUCUAUGGAUGACUUAUAUAAAAUUCGCAGUGGAGAAUUAAUCAUAAAACUCAAACAUCUCGUAGAUAUAUGUUGCCAUCAUACCUCCGAGUGUCAGCUAUGCCUAGCUCGAGGCUUUAUCUGCGAAUUCUGUGGCGCAGAUGAGGUGAUAUUCCCAUGGCAGAUGAGAUCUGUGUCUAGAUGUGAUAAAUGUGGCACUUGCUAUCAUAUGAAGUGUUGGUCUAGACAAGUACCUUGUAAGAAGUGUUUACGUAUCCAAAGAAGAAAAGAAAGCACUGAUAGUAGUAGUAGUAGGUAGAAUCAAUCUGUAGUUGAUAUAGAAAUAUAAUAACAAAAUUUUUAUAUGUAAUUAUUUUUAUAUUAACUGUUUUAUUUAUUUUAUUUCCUAAAGUACAAAACAUGUUAUCUACCGG